UCCCAAAACAACAAAACUUAUUUCUUGACACAACUUAAUACUUAAUGGAAGACGUUGAUUCAAUUUUCAUAAACACCAUUAAUCGUUCCUCGAGGUUUUCUCUCCCAAUAGAUGGCAUAUGCAUGUGUGUACUGUGUUAUUGUGUAUGUUGAAUUGACAUCGAUGUAUAUAUAUUUGUGAUGCAGGUGUAACGGUAAGAGUGGUACUGAAAAAUAUAAUGGAAAUGAUGAGAGAAGCGGUAGGUACCCUUUUGUGAAAGCUCUUAGUAUGAGUGGUGGAGAUGGAGAUAACAGUUACUCCACCAAUUCUCUUCUUCAGAGUUAUACGGAAGGUCAAACCGGUUUUGGUUAAGAACACACAAGGAAUGAUGAAAAACUUAAACUUUCCUAAUUACAUUAAAGUAGCUGAUUUGGGAUGUGCUACUGGACAAAACACGUUCUUGACGAUGUCCGAGAUCGUGAACACGAUCACUGUGUUAUGUCAACAAUGUAACCAAAAGCUACCGGAGAUUGAUUGUUGUCUUAAUGAUCUUCCAUGCAAUGAUUUCAACACGACAUUCAAGUUCAUAGCUUUUUUCAACAAGAUUGUCAAAAGCAAAGGUUUGUGCUUCGUCUCAGGUUCCUUCUACUCGAGGCUAUUUCCCAGCAAGAGCCUCCAUUUUGUACAUUCAUCUUACAGCCUCCAUUGGCUCUCUAAGGUUCCCAAAGGACUCGAGAAGGAUACCUCGUGUGUGUACAUAACAGCUUCAAGUCCUCCAAGUACAUACAAGGCUUAUUUGACUCAAUUUCAAAGUGACUUUACAACAUUUCUGAAAAUGCGUUCUGAGGAGAUGGUUUGGAAUGGACGCAUGGUUCUUACUUUCAUCGGCAGAGAAACUAUUGAUGAUCCUUUGCACAGGGAUUGUUGUCACUUUUGGACGUUGUUAUCCACUUCUCUGCGCGACCUAGUCAGUGAGGGUCUUGUGAGUGCAUCGAAGGUUGGUCCUUUCAACAUGCCGUUUUAUGAUCCGAGCAAAGAAGAAGCAAUCGAAAUGAUUCGAAAAGAAGGCUCCUUCGAGAUCAAUGACUUGGAGAUUCAUGGAUUUGAUCUUCACCAGAGUAACUACGACGAGGACUAUAAGUUACACUCACAGAAAUCUAAAGCAGGAGAAAAAGAGGCCAAAUGUAUAAGAGCGGUCAGUGAAUCGUUGCUUGUAGCUCACUUCGGAGUUGACGUUAUGGACACGUUGUUUAACAAGUUUGCAUAUCACGUAUCCCAACAUACUAGCUGCACGAACAAAACGACUGUUUCCCUAGUCGUUUCUUUGAUUCGAAAAUAAUUAUUCACUUUUAUAUUUCUUAUUCGAAUUUCAUUUAGAUAUAGAAACCAAGUAAAUGUUAUUUAUGUAAGUGGUCCGAUCAGCUCCAACAUCUUUACUUUGACCCAUAACGAAAUCACUCACCUACAAGAAGAAAAGAACAUAACUCUAGGGUAGAUGGGAAAUAAUUUCCUCAAUAAAUAGGACGUUCUCUAU